AUGAACGACCUUCUGUAUUUCACGUAUGAGCACGCGUCCACGCUGUCGACCGUGGCGUUAAAGGGCGGCGUGGUGUGUAGCAUGUGGGGGCCUAUGAUCGGCCCGCGCGCUGCUGCUGCUGUGUCGCUGCUGCAGAAGCUCAGGCGGGCACCCACUGAUGAGGAGAGCGCCAAGGCUACUGGCCUCGGCGGGGCAUCAGUGUCAGAAGCAGCAGGAGCCGUGGGCGCAUACGAGCAGCUGCUAGUUCUCCUCUUCGACUGCUCGCUCCUUGAGACGUCUCAAAACUCUUCCCCCUCCCCCCACCCCACAGGCCUCGGCGGGGCAUCAGUGUCAGAAGCAGCAGGAGCCGUGGGAGCAUACGAGCAGCUGCUAGUCCUGCUCUUCGACUGCUCGCUGCUCUCAGAGCUCGGGGAGAACACCGACCGGGGCAGCCGGGAAACCGACGCGUUCAUAGCAGCGCGCGACGCCACGUGCCGAGAAGCCAUCUCCGAUUUCCGGCAGUCCGCCCCUGCGAGUGACCGAGUGCAUGCGUACAUGCUGCUGCUGCGUGUCGUGGGAAUAGCGCUGGCUCUUAAUGUGGACUAUGUGCCGCUCGGCAGCAUGUUUCCGCCCAGCCUGCUCACCAGUUUCCCUACGCUGCGGUCGGAGCCCGCCUUCACUGCUGCUCCAUUACCUCCCAACAUCCCUCUUCCCUCGCCUUUCCUCUUAUCCUCCUUCCCAGCGUCUUCAAACUUCAUCCACAUCACUGCCCUCGUAACGCCCUUCCCUUCGCCUUUUCAACCCCCAUCUCAAACCCCUUUCCUCCAUGCGUUGGAAUCCCUUCCUCCCCAUUCUGCUGCGUGCCCUUUCCUUCCAUCUCUUCCAGCCACUGCCUUGCUCCCUGCUCCUGAUUCGGGCUCAGACGCUGCUGCUGCUGCUGCUGCUGCUGCUGCUGCUGCUGCUGCGGGUGGUGGUGCAGGGGCCAUGCCCCUUGCUGCCCUAGGCCAUGAGCCUGGACCAUCUGGCAUGGGCAUGGGGGCAGGCAUGGGAGAUGCGAUGGCUAUGGGGGGGAUGGGCAUGGGUGGCAUGGGCAUGGGGGGCAUGGGCAUGGGUGCUGGCAUGGACAUGGGUGGUAUGGGGCAAGGCAUGGGCAUGAUGGGUAUGGGUCCUGGUAUGGGGAUGACCCAGGAUAUGUAUAUGGCUCAAGGCAUGCACAUGGGCAUGGGUGGCGGUAUGCCGAUGGGCGGAGAUAUGGGCAUGGGCAUGUAUCCGGGUAUGGGCAUGCAUCCUGGCAUGGGCAUGCACCCUGGCAUGGGCAUGCACAUGGGUGCAGGCAUGGGCAUGGGUCCUGGAAUGGCUCCUGGCAUGGGCUAUCCUGCAGGUGGGAUGGAUGGCAUGGGCAUGAACAUGAACAUGCACAUGGGCAACAUGGGCAAUAUGGGCAUGGGAGGCAUGGGACCCAUGGGCGGCAUGGGAGGCAUGGGAGGCAUGGGGGGAAUGGCUGGUAUGGAUGGUACAGGAAUGCCCCCAGCAGCACCUGUCCCAGCAGCAGCAGCCCCAGCCAAGGCGCAUGCGCAUCGGCUGCGGGUCUACGAAGCUCGGUACCGAGCCGCAUCCGCGUUUGCCCUAGCCAAUGACCUGGGUGUGCCACAUGACGAGCUGCGGCGCCGCCAGGUGGCUCUCAAGUAUCUCAAGCAAUAG